GGGGAGCCCAAGAAAGCAGAGUGAGUGGAGGGGGCUUGUUUGUGUUCUCCACCUCCAAAACCUCCUUUGCUUUCAAAUAUUCAUGUGCACUAGACGUUUGGAAAAACCCGGCUUACCCCUUGUUUAUGUGGGUGGGAUGUUCGUGCAGUUAUGACCUGCAUACUUUAAGUCAGUUGUCACUCCUCUACGAGGUUUUUCUGUGCAGUUUAGUGACACUUGCUCUCUGCUGUCUUGGGUCCUACAUGCGUCUCCUCGAGUCUCUAAACUGAGAUCAGACACUAUCCCCUGUUUAUCUUUGUGUUGCCAGCGCCUAGCACAGUUGCUGGCACCUGAUUGGUGAACUGUAUGUGUGGAUUGGAUGGGUAGCGGAUUCAUAACCCAUUUAAGGUAGUAUGGACACUAAUCUUGUUCAUCGUGACCAUCACCUUUAUUGUAACCAUCACCAUUCUGGUAAAGUGACGUUUUAGCCAUUAGGAGCUUAUAAUUUUGAGAAAUAUUUCAUACUCAAAAAAGUACACACCAAAAAAAAAAAAACAGACCCACCUCAUUUGCAAUGUAUUUUAAUAGGAUGUGCAAAAAAAGAAAAAAUGGAAAAGCCAAGUAUUUUAGAUAGUCUCUCUAUAUUACAAUAUAAUAUGUAUCUAAAAUUCAUUGCUGGGCAAUGAAGCUGGGCUUCCCUGGUGGCGCAGUGGUUAAGAAUCCGCCUGCCCAUGCAGGGGACACAGGUUUGAUCCCUGGGCCGGGAAGAUCCCACAUGCCGCAGAGCAACUAAGCCCGUGUACCACAACUACUGAGCCCAUGCACUGCAACUAUUGAAGCCCACGUGCCUAGGGCCCAUGCUCUGCAACAAGAGAAGCCACCAGACUGAGAAGCCCACGCACUGCAACUAAGAGUAGACCCUGAUCGCCACAACUAGAGAAAGCCUGUGUGUAGCAAUGAAGACUCAAUGCAGCCAAAAAUAAACAAACAAAUAAAUAAUGAAAUAAAUCUUUAAAAAAAAAAAAAGAGCAAGCCUGGGCGACUGUCCCGAUUGUUACUUUUUAAAGCUUGAUUGUAGGCAGUAAAAUCUGAAAAGGGGUUUUACGUUUGAAAUAAAUAAUUUCCGUUUACAAAUACAGGAUCCAAAGAGGGUGAAGGAUCAUUGAGGGAGUUUAGAAGUGGCUGUAUAAAGCCCCAAUGGUUCAAGUGUGCUGGGGCACUGCCCUCCCUCAUGGGGGCUGCCCUGUAGGAGGAGGGGCAUGAGGGUGAAGAAGCAGGGCUGUUUGACCUCAAGGUGGAUAAUCUGAUGACCUGGUUAGUGCACGCUCAGUUCAUUUCAGUGUACGUUUGGUAAAGUGAACUAGGGAGUUAGAUGGAGCCAGUGCUCCUGAAUGUUCUGUUGGUAAGAUGGAGCGUGUGUGUUUUCCUGUAGAAUCAUUCUAAUAGUGAUGGAAGACCUAUUCACCGAGUUCCUUUCACGUGUGGAGGACAGCAUCCAGAAUUUAAUACGUUCAUGGCUUGUUCAGAAAUGGGGAAGAGAUGAGUAAGAUGUACCCUGAAGUUUGCUUAUCAAACCAAGCCAUUCUGUUGAUACAGUGACUGACCCUUGCAUAAGCCCUUUGACUGAGGCCCAGCAGCAGCAUCCCGCCCAAAUGCAAACAACCAGAAAUUAACUCUGCAGGCAUCCAGGUGUGAAACUUCCAUGGGAAAGUCAGAUCCAUGCACUUUUUGUGGCAGUGGGAUUGCCUGCUAUUUUGGAAAUUAACUGUCCGUUCUGAUUUCUUUUUGGCCAAACAUGUAUGUGCCUCUUGAGAAAAUAAACAGUCUGAGUUCCUAUUCUAUUCAGUUUCCAGUUUUGCUUUAUCUUUGCAUCAUGCUUUGCAGUGUGCAGACAAGCAUAAUGGGUGAGAGUUCCAGUAAACUGGCUGGAUCAUAUUUCUUAGAUUGAGUCAUUGCUGAGAAACUUGUUGGUGAACAGGAAGCAGCCCAUGAAAACGUCUGUACACAGUAAUAGCUCAGACUGAGGAAACUGGACCAUUUUCUAGCUGAAAGACAAAAGGGUAGAAGGAUGCGUCUGCAACCAAGGAAUAGCAAAUUUGUGGUCUAGAGUUUUAAAACUUGUUGAAUAAUUCAUGUGUUGAGGUGUUUGAGAUCUUUUAUGCUGUUAAAAAUUGCAGGUUAUUCUAAUGAGAACUUACUGUAUAGCACAGGCAACUCGACUCAGUGCUCUGUGGUGACCUAAAUGGGAAGGAAAUCCAAAAAAGAGGGGAUGUAUGUAUACGUAUAGCUGACAGCAGAAACACAACACUGUAAAGCAAUUAUACUCCAAUAAAAAUUAAUUGAAAAAACAAAAAAACCUCCUAGUUAUUGAAGACUGGGGAAAUAAUCCUUACUAAGUUUUCUCUAGAAGGAAAACUUGGAUUAGUGGUAACUAUUAUUACCUAUUAGGAGUCUCUGCUGCCAUAGAAACUGGUUGCUAGGCCAGUUAUUUUUAAAAAUGGAACUGUAGUUACACAUAAAUUAACCCAGUGACAUUUACACUUGGUCUAGGUGGCUGUAAGGCCCCUUCCAUCUCUAACAUUCUGUGAUUCUAUAUAAAUAUAUGUUUGUUGUGAUUUGUUUUUUAUCACCUGCCUCAUAAUUAUUAUAGCAAUAUAUGCAGAAGUUAGCAGAUCAGUCCAGUGGAAUCAAAAGUACUUGAAUGUGGGCAGACUAUAAAAAAUAACCUGUCAUCUCAUCUGCCUUCUCUAGAAGUCUGAGAAAAUAAUUGGGCUUGUCUUGUGUAUCUUCUUAUAAUGAAGCAGGCGAGAAGUAAAUAGGCAGAUAAAUAUGAAAUAGGAUAGUCAUCAGCGAGAUGUAUUUUAAAAACACACCUGCUUGGUGUCAUUUUACUUUAGGAGUAAGGAUUGUGACUGCAAAGUAGAGCCUUGUGAAUCAAGGAUAUCUCUGUUGUUCAAUCAGUUCUUCAGAAUUCGAGCAUGCCCUCAUUUGUUUUUGCAUCUUCCUAUAGCUCUUAAUUUGGUUUAUACUCUAACGGAUGGUAGGAUGUGAUUCAUGUUCCAUCCGGUUUUUCCCAAAAAAUAUUUGAGCAGCUUCUAUGGAAAAAAAUAUUAAACCAGAUUUAGCUUUUAGGUGAACAAUAUAACCACCUGGGCAUAAUAUAAAGACUGGAAUAUAUGAGAGAAAAGCAUUACGAGGUGUAAUUUAGACCCUGAAUGCUAGUAGUUAAUAUUUGGAUGGAGAGAUCCAUCUCAGGAGAGUAAACUUUAAAAGAAGAUUUAUUAAUUAUUUUCUUAAUGGAAAGACAUGAUUUUAAGAAGGAAUCACUUGAGACAUUGUCUUAACACUUACAUACUGUAAAAUUGGAAGUGAGAAUCAGUUUUCAUUGUCUGUUUACGAAGUUAGUUUUCUGUGCAAUUUUUUUUUAACAGAUUAUUAGUGAAAUUUAUUUCUAGAAGGAAACAUCCCACUAUCUUCCUGUCAGGUGCAAGCUUCAUUUAUACAUUUGAAUGUAUAUAAUAGAAACCAUAUUAUUUUUCAUUUCAAAUACUUUUCUAAAGCCUUAGUUUACUGAAUUGCUUUAAUUUAGGAGGAGAUCAUGAUACCUUUGCUUUAUCUUUACCGAUUUUGGGGGAUCAUCGGAGCAUGGUAAAUGCUGGUUUGUUCCAAGCACUAAAAUUGGCUUGCAAAGGACAUACUAUUAUGAGAUUCUGUGUUUCAAGGGCUUUCAUCUUUGUUUAUCCUGGAACAAAGAUGUUCGUUUUAAAGUGGUAUGAGUUAAUAGUCCAACUUCAGAUUUCCCAUAAAACGUUAACAGAUUACCCAGAUGGCAAAGGAUGAUAUGUAUAUAUUUUCAAUGUGACUAUUUCUAUUGGGCCAGAUGGUGAUUUAACAUGAAUUGUCAAACAUUUAUGUUUCUUAUUAAAUUGUCUUAUUUUGUCGAAGCCAAGACAGCAACAUGAUGUGAAACACACUCAGGAAUCACGAAAGGACAACAACAACAAAAACUCAGACAGCAAGAAUGGCAGGCAGCAUUUGCUCCACGUGGCAUGUGAAGGCGCACAGCCAGAGCCUGCGUGGCCCUCGGGAAGCUUAAGGAAAUGCCUGUUGAAAUGCCAUACGUUUCCUCUCCCUCCCCAGACUCUUCUUAUCUGCCCUCUUGCUGGGCAUGCUUCCUCAGUGCCUCGGGUUGAAGUGUGGAAGAGCAGUUUCGUUCUUCCUUGGGCACUUUCAUUCCAUACAGCCUGUUGUCAUGCUCUUGUUAUGGGCACCACCCUGUUUCCUCUUAGAUGGUUCAAGUGCUUUGCAGAGAGAUGGGUCAUUUGUGGAGUAAGUCAUGUGCCCAGUCACAAGGCUCCUUCAAGACCGUUCACUGCCUGAAGGUCAGCACAGAACACAGCGCUGGGACUGCGGGGCUCCCCACCAGCGAGUUGUGUGUGGACAACACUUAUGAGGACAUGGAUUUGAUUGACAUACUUUGGAGGCAAGAUAUAGAUCUCGGGGUAAGUCGAGAAGUAUUUGACUUUAGUCAACGAAGGAAGGAGCAUGAGCUGGAAAAACAGAAAAAACUUGAAAAGGAAAGACAAGAACAACUCCAAAAGGAGCAAGAGAAAGCCUUUUUCGCUCAGUUACAACUAGAUGAAGAGACAGGUGAAUUCCUCCCAGUUCAGCCAGCACAACACAUCCCAUCAGAAACCAGUGGAUCUGCCAACUACUCCCAGGUAGCCCACAUUCCCAAACCAGAUCAUUUGUACUUCGAUGACUGCAUGCAACUUUUGGCAGAGACAUUCCCAUUUGUAGAUGACAAUGAGGUUUCUUCGGCUACGUUUCAAUCACUUGUUCCUGAUAUUCCCAGCCACAUCGAGAGCCCAGUCUUCAUUGCUCCCAGUCAGGCUCAGUCACCUGAAACUGUUGUCCUUCAGUUAGCCACUGCUGAUUUAGAUGAUAUGCAGCAGGAUAUGGAGCAAGUUUGGGAGGAGCUAUUAUCCAUUCCAGAAUUACAGUGUCUGAAUAUUCAAAAUGACAAACUGGCUGAAACUAACACGGUUCCAAGUCCAGAAACAAAACUGACAGAAAUUGACAACAAUUAUUUCUAUUCAUCAGUUCCCUCACUGGAAAAAGAAGUAGGUGACUGCAGUCCACAUUUUCUCAGUGCUUUUGAGGAUUCCUUCAGCAGCAUCCUCUCCACAGAAGAAUCCAGCCAGUUGACAGUGAACUCAUUAAAUUCAGAUGCCACAGUAAAUACAGAUUUUGGUGAUGAAUUUUACUCUGCUUUCAUAGCAGAGCCCAGUAGCAGCAACAGCAUGUCCUCCUCUGCUACUUUAAGCCAGUCACUCUCUGAACUUCUAAACGGGCCCAUUGACCUCUCUGAUCUAUCACUUUGUAAAGCCUUCAACCAAAACCACCCUGAAAGCACAACAGAAUUCAAUGAUUCUGACUCUGGCAUUUCACUGAACACAAGUCCCAGCAUGGCAUCACCAGAACACUCAGUGGAAUCUUCUAUCUAUGGAGACACACUGCUUGGCUUCAGUGAUUCUGAAAUGGAAGAGAUAGAUGGUGCCCCUGGAAGUGUCAAACAGAAGGGUCCUAAAACACAGCCAGUAAGGCCUUCUGGGGAUACAGUCCAACCCUUGUCAUCAUCUCAGAACAGUGCUCCAAUGCAUGAUGCCCAGUGUGAAAACACACCAAAGAAAGAAGUGCCUGUAAGUCCUGGUCAUCGAAAAACCCCAUUCACAAAAGAUAAACAUUCAAGCCGCUUGGAGGCUCAUCUCACAAGAGACGAGCUACGGGCAAAAGCUCUCCAUAUCCCAUUCCCUGUAGAAAAAAUCAUUAACCUCCCAGUUGAUGACUUCAAUGAAAUGAUGUCUAAGGAGCAAUUCAACGAGGCUCAACUUGCAUUAAUUAGAGAUAUACGUAGGAGGGGUAAGAAUAAAGUGGCUGCUCAGAAUUGCAGAAAAAGAAAACUGGAAAAUAUAGUAGAACUGGAGCAAGAUUUAGAUCAUUUAAAAGAUGAAAAAGAAAAAUUGCUCAAAGAAAAAGGAGAAAAUGACAAAAGCCUUCAUCUACUGAAAAAACAACUCAGCACCUUGUAUCUUGAAGUCUUCAGCAUGCUACGAGAUGAAGAUGGAAAGCCUUACUCUCCGAGUGAAUACUCCUUGCAGCAAACGAGAGAUGGCAACGUAUUCCUUGUUCCCAAAAGUAAGAAGCCAGAUAUUAAGAAAAACUAGAUUUGGGCAGAUCUGACCUUUUCUGAGCUAGUAAUUUUUGUGUACUGUUGUACUAAAAGCUCCUACUGUGAUGUGAAAUGCAGAAAUACACUUUAUAAGUAAUUCUAUGCAAAAUUAUAGUUAAAAUUAGUGUAGAAAAUAGAAAACUUUAAAAAAGCAUUAAAAUAAGUUAUCAGUAUGCUGAAUCAGUAGUUUCACUUUAACUGCAAACUUAAUUUCUUAGAACACCAUUUGGGCUAGUUUCUAUAUACAUGUAAAUACUACAAAAACUCCUUAUUUAUACUGUUCUUAUCUCAUUUGUUACGUUCAUAGAUUUAUAUGAUACAACAUCUGGCUAAAAGCAAAUUGUUGCAAAACUAACCACUAUGUAUACUUUUUUAAAUAAAUACUGUAUGAACAAAAAAAAUGGCAUUUUUUUUAUAUUAAAUUGUUUAGUUCUGGCAAAAGAAUAGUUGAAAAGCUGGUACUAAUAAAGGAAUAUUAUGAC